CAUGACGAUUUACGUGCGCGCUCCCGCGUUGCAGAUGAUGCUGCCACUGAUGAAGAUGGCGAAUGCUUGGAGUAUGGCGAUUUACUGCAGAAGCUGAUAAAGGGAAUGAGAAGAGAUAAUUCACAAGAUAGAAAACCAACUAAAGAAUACGUGCAGAAUUACGUGUCAUCUCCCAUCUAUGUCCAGGCACAGAAAGAAUGUCCCGCUCUUCAGACAGUGAUGAUGGGUACUUUGUUGCCAUGGAUACAGAGGAAGAUGUAUCAGGGCCUGUUGGAAUGGCACAGGGGGAAGAUCUGAAAUUGGGGACCAGCAGAGGAGAGGGGGACGUAGAAGGCUGCAAUGAGGGUGAGGGGACAAUGGUGGAGCUGCCGGAGGAAGUCCUAGAAUACAUCCUGUCUUUCCUCUCACCAUACCAGGAGCACAAGACCGCUGCACUGGUGUGUAAACAGUGGUAUCGCCUCAUUAAAGGUGUUGCAUAUCAGUGUUACCAUGGUUUUCUGCGGGCCGUCCAGGAGGGCAAUAUUCAGUGGGAGAGUCGUACAUACCCAUAUCCUGGAACACCCAUCACGCAACGCUUCUCACACAGUGCAUGCUACUACGACUCCAACCAGUCCAUGUAUGUGUUUGGGGGCUGUACUCAAAGUAGCUGCAACGCUGCCUUCAAUGACCUGUGGAGACUUGACCUCAACAGCAAGGAGUGGAUCCGCCCUUUAGCCUCGGGCUCCUAUCCGUCUCCUAAAGCGGGUGCUACCCUGGUGAUGUACAACAAUCUGCUGGUGCUGUUUGGUGGAUGGACUCGACCUAGCCCAUACCCACUACAUCAGCCUGAGAGGUUCUUUGACGAGAUCCACACAUACUCCCCCUCCAAAAACUGGUGGAACUGCAUCGUGACAACCCAAGGACCCCUACCCAUGGCCGGUCACUCCUCCUCCGUCAUAGGGAGCGACAUGGUGGUGUUUGGAGGGUCGCUAGGGGCCCGCCAAAUGUGUGUGUGCUUUUGGCUCACCGUGUCCCCCUGCUCUCUCCACUGGUCCCAAAUCAGGAGUAACGAGGUGUGGGUUCUGGAUCUGGAGCAGUGGUCCUGGUCCAAGCCCACCAUCUCAGGGCCAUCCCCACACCCACGAGGAGGCCAGUCUCAGAUUGUGAUUGACAACAAGACUCUUCUUAUUCUGGGAGGCUGUGGAGGCCCUAAUGCACUGCUGAAAGAUGCCUGGCUCCUGCACAUGGGUGCCCCACCCUGGACAUGGCAGCAGCUGAGGGUGGAGAAUGAUGACCAUGGAGCCCCAGAACUGUGGUGCCACCCUGCUUGCAGGGUUGGACAGUGUGUAGUGGUGUUCUCCCAGGCUCCGUCUGGCCGUGCGCCACUCAGCCCCAGCCUGAACUCUCGGCCCUCCCCCAUCAGUGCCUCUCCUGGCCCCCUGGGCCCAGAGCCCCCCUCACUGCGCUCCCAGUCCCCUUUAAGGAGCGGCGCCGCCGGGGUCGUCCUGGGGGCAGUUGAGGAGGCCCCCUGUGUGAACGGCCGCUGGGGGACACUGAGACCACGUCCCUCGGCCAGAGGGGGUGCCAGAGAGGGUAGCCCCGGCUCCUCCCCUCAACAGCCAUCCCCCUCCCAGGGGCCUGACAGCCCGCCUCUGCCCUCCCUCCAUCCUCUACUCAACGGUUCAUCCCCCUCUCCCCGGACCAGCCCUGCCCAGGAUGCCUCCCCGCCCUCUCGCCCCCCUGUCUCCUCGGACUACGGCUGGGAGUCUCCCCCCUCAGCCACCCACCCCCUUUCUGAGGUACCCAGCACUAACGGCGUGCACACGCCUCCACCUGCCCCUGACUCCCCACGCACUCCCCCGGGGGCUGUGUCCCCCGCAGCCCUGAGACGAGGCCUGGAAGCUGUCAAAAACCUGUCCUCUUCAUCCUCCUCAAACCCCUUGUCCCAAGGAGCUGCUUCAGGAGGAAGUGGGGGAGGAGUGGCUUCAGCAGGAACAUCCCCCUCUUCCAGCCCGCCACAGGCUGCUGCUGCCGGGUCUGAUGGACAUUCCAUCCCGCCUAUCGCACGGCGGCUUGGCCACCACCCGCCCCAGAGCCUGAACGUGGGCAAGCCCCUGUACCAGUCGCUCAAUUGCAAGCCCAUGCAGAUGUAUGUCCUGGAUGUGUCCCGAGCCAAAGCAGCUGGUCUCGUCUCCUGGAGGGUUUACGGGAACGGCACCCCCGCUGCCGUCACAGGCCCCCCCGAGACCAGCCUUCACACUGUGGUCCAGGGUAGGGGCGAGCUCAUCAUAUUCGGGGGCUUGAUGGACAAGAAGCAGAACGUGAAGUACUACCCUAAAACCAACGCCUUGUACUUUGUGCGCGCUAAGAGGUAAUGCAGCGAUGGCUGGGUUUGUGAGUGACGCCAAAGUGUUUGCUAGGUAAUGGACGAUCAAUCCAUCCUAACCCAUACAAGGGAAGUCAAACAAGGCCUUUUUCCUCUACCGCUGAGGAUUGUGGGAAUAGAAUGUGUCACACUAAUUAUUGACGUCCCUCUCCCCUCUCACACUAACUUCUCCCUCUACCCCCAUCUUCCUAUCACAUAACUUAAAAGAAAAUAUUUCAGACAGUACAUUUAAUAAGACACUUGAGGAUGUUGUUGCUAUAAUGGUGACUGUUGGAUGAAUGGGCAUCCUGACCUCCCAACACCUGCUGUGUGUGUGUGUGUGUGAGAGAGAGAGAGAGACGAAGGUUGGUCAAAUGGCCUGAGUGGACAGCAGUUCAUCCCAAAAGAUGUAGACAGUUUCUUUUCCUCUUUGGUCGCCCCGCUUUGAACUUACUGAAAGAAAAGAAAAUGGAACGAGCCUUGCGCUUGCUUACGAGGGCGCAACAGUGGACAACAGACUACCUUGCUUUUUUUAAAUCACUCUUUCAGCCUGCAUUGUUUACAUUGGAAUCUGUGUGAGUGUGUGUAAUAGCAUGGAUGUUGGUGUGUGUGUGGUGUAAAUGCAUGUUGGUUGUUGUUUAGGGGGAGGUUGCUGCAGUGUACUGUGUAGCAUAAGAAAACAAUAAAGGCCUCCAUGUCUUAA